UUUUCUGCGAGAGACUAAAUGAAUGAACGGACAGAGCGAUGGACGUCUCUCCUCUCGUCUCUCUUUUAGUACAAAUCAAAAGGAAUCAGUUGUAAAGUAACUGGAACUAGAUUUCGUCAGAACGUUUUGUUUUGGUUUCUAAACGUGGAGACUUGCAGCUUUCCUCACACACACACACACACACACACACACACACACACACACACACACACACACACACGCACACACACAGUCACAUAUUUGUACAAGCAGAAAGCAUGGCUUCUCCUCGCCUCGAGACGUUCUGCUGUCCGAAUCGUGAUGCUGCGACGGAUUUUAUCGUCACCUUCCAGCCUGUUUUUUUCUCCACUAUGUGUGCAGGAAGCGCCGGAUUGAGCGUGAUCUUCUCUCUCCUGCAGAUUCUUCCUAAAAGGAGAGGAUACAGGCGAAUCGGGACAUACCCGCUCCCAAAACCAGCCUCUUCCUCCAGGAUUCUGUUCAUCAUAAGUGUGUGUGACAUACUAGGAUGCGUGGGAAUAAUCGCAAGAUCGUCAGUUUGGCUCGGCGUUCCCAGCAUCAUCGAGGAGAUUUCACUCACUAACACCAGUAACGUGUGGCCUGAAGUGUUCUGCGUGGGCAGCGCUAUGUGGAUCCAGCUGUUCUUCAGUGCCUCGUUCUGGUGGAUGUUCUGCUACGCGGUGGACGCAUUUCUGGUGGUCAAACGAUCAGCUGGAACCAGCACCAUUGUUCUGUACCAUAUGAUCACGUGGGGUUUGGCGGUGCUGUUGUGUGUGGAAGGUGUAGCGAUGCUUUAUUACCCCUCCCUCUCAAGUUGUGAAAAAGGCCUUCAGCACGCCAUCCCUCACUACGUUACCACUUACGCGCCCAUGCUGUUGGUGCUUUUAGUCAAUCCAAUCCUGUUCACACGCACUGUCAAAGCUGUUACAUCACUACUGAAAGGACGUCAAGGAAUUUACACAGAAAACGAGAGACGUUUAGGAGCAGAAAUCAAAAUACGCUUCUUCAAAAUGCUCCUGGUCUUCUUUAUCUGCUGGCUUCCCAACCUGAUUAACGAGAGUUUGUUAUUUUACCUGGAAAUGCAACCUGACGUUCAAGCGGCUGAGAUAAAAAACGUUCGUAAUGCGGCGCUCAUCACUUGGUUUAUUAUGGGCAUUCUGAACCCCAUGCAGGCCUUCCUUAACACACUGGCUUUCCACGGCUGGACAGGAUUAGACAUCGACCUGAGUCUGCAGAGGCGCCGUGAGCUAACCUGGGACUCGGCCUCCACCUCCAUUGCGACGACUGGAGGUUACAAUCCCAUGAUGACGUCUACGCUUCUCUACCAGAGCCAUGUCCAGGAUGGGAAAACGUUGACGGGGAACGGACACCAACUUCCGUCUGAUGCAGUCAGCAUCCUGUCUGAAAGUUCCGGCUCUAGUACACUUGAAAUCCACAUAUCGAGUGAACUUGGAGGUGUAGAGGAAGCUGGAGCAGGAGCGGUGGAGGAGAUGUAGGAGACCAGUCUCUUCCAGUACAUUCUGUAAAACUCUACAGAAGGUGGAGAACGUGUGGAGAACGUGUGGAGAACGUGUGGAGAACGUGUGGAGAACUCGUCCUUCUCCUGGAGCAGUGCUUCUGCAUAUACAGUAGAUAUAAUAUAAUAACCUUUUGGGACAAACGAUCUGUUCAUUCUGAAUAAUCUACACCUCUACUACAGUACUCUUCUUAUUCUUAUUCCCUAUACAUGCUCCCUACACAGGAGGGUUAUACUGUACAUACCAUUCCAGCUGUUAUGAUCGGGUGAAUGUGAUGUGUGGAUGUACAGUGACAAAAAUGGGUCAAAUCAAACAAGUGGGACAUUUUAUUGUGUGAGUUCAAUGAAAUAUUAAGGACCAAACGUGUGAAUUAAAUGGUUAAGUAAACCUUAUUUCUCCACUAGGUGGAGCUAGAGACACAUCAGGAAGAAACACGCUGCAGAAAGCAAAGGCUUCUGUUCCCCAGAUGACCUUCUGAUUACAUAAAAUUCCAAUAAACAAACAAGUAAAUAAACAAACAAAAACAGUUUGAAAACCGAAUACAAUUAAAAAUAUUUUAUUAUUUUAUAUGGAUUUUAUACACAUGUAACACCACAAUACAAGAUACAGCAGAAUAACAAUAAAACACACAACCGUCA